UUUCGAACAGCCAAUCGCGCGAGAGACGCCGGACGCGCGCACGUCCCCUGGAGUUUAACGGUCGCGAGAGGCUGCUCGGCCGACCCUGACUUCGGCAGGGGGAGCGGCAACCAGACUCUCAAGAAGUUUAGGAUAUUUCACAGUUCUGAAUGUUAGCAACUGAAAAUGCCGGUAGACGAUGAAGCAUCUGAAGAUGACCCGGAUUCAGUUUCCACAAACAGUGAAAGAGCCUAUAUUUUCAAAUAAGAGAGUAUAACAAUUUCUGUACACUAUGGAGGAAUUUGACUUGAUGAAAACCUUACAAAAAGCUGUAGAAUCUGAUUUCAAAAAUUCUCCCCAUUCUCUUGGAUUGAGCUUAAUUACUAAUAGAAGUAGUACAAAUGGGGUAUCCUCUUUCUCAGGGAAGACCAGACCGUCGGUCAUUCAAGGUACAGCUGAAUUCCUAAACUCCUUAACGCAAGAGCUACAGAACAGUGGAAAAACUGAUUCGGAACUUUGGAAAAACUGUGAGACUAGGUGGUUACAGCUGUUCAAUUUGGUGGAGAAACAAUGCCAACAACAGAUAGUUGCUCAGCAGGAACAGUUCCACAACCAAAUUCAACGUAUACAAGAGGAGAUCAGAAACUUGGUCAAAUUGCAGAUCAGUAAUGGUUCUUGGGCUUCCAGUGAUAGAAGUCCUUCAAGCAAACACCUGUCUUCAGAAAGUCAGAUGGGUUUUUUUUCUGAAAAUAGUGAAAGAAAUGAAUCUGUUAUCAGUUUUCCUGAGUCUAAGGAGCCUGAGAUGCAGCAGGAAAUGUCCACGUCACAGCCAGACUGCAAUGUGGACGGCAGCUCAGUGAGCAGUGGCUAUGGCACCUUUUGCAUCUCAGAACUGAACACCUGCAAAUCCAAGGACCCCACAGAGCUCAUGGAGCACCCAGGCCUUCCUGAGGGACAGUACUCCGCACCUGGCGUGCAGACAGAUUCACCUGUGGAUGGCGCAGGAAAUGACAGUUUUUACACACAGACUCCUGAAGAGUUUUGUGAAUCCUUAAAGGAAGAUACUUUUCAUGAUGAAUUUGAACAUAAUUUUCUAGGUGAAAAUAAGAUUUCUGAAGUAUACAGUGGAAAAGCAGACAGUAAAUCCAUAACAUCAUGGGCACAAAAGCUGAAGCAGAACCAACCCAAGAGAGCACAUGUAGAAGAUGGAUGUCCAAGAUCUAAGCCGGGGAGUGAGCAGAGCAAGAGACCUCCCGCCGAGAAGUCUGACUUUACUGCCGCGCACCCACGUGCUUUUUACCUCACUAAACCAGACGAAGACCCAAACUCGUGGAUGUCGGACUCAGGAACAGGACUGACCUACUGGAAGCUGGAGGAGAAGGACAUGUAUCGCUGUCUGCCUCAAUGUCUGGAGAAGAUGUUUGUACCCUGCACAGAUGGUUCACCGAACCAGUCUAAUACUAGUAAUGAGAUGAAGCUCCGAUCACUGAAGGAUAUUUAUCAUAAAAAGCAAAGGGAAAACAAGCAGUUACCUGAGAGGAAUCUCACUUCUGCUUCCAACCCAAAUCAUCUACCAGAGGUCCUUACUCUAGAUCCGACGUUGCAUAUGAAGCCAAAUCAGCAGAUUUCAGGGAUUCAACCACGUGACUUUUUGAAUGCUCUUGAUGACAGAAUAUCCUUUUCACCAGACUCUGUUCUGGAACCAAGUGUGUCUAGUCACUCUGACAUCGACUCAUUUUCACAAGCAAGCAAUAUCACUUCUCAGUUAUCUGGGUUCCCCAAAUAUCCUUCAAAUGCAAAAGCUUCACCAAUGGACUCUUGGAAGAAUCAUGCAUUCCAAAGCGAAAGUAGGACCAGUUCCACGUUUCCUUCGGUGUACACUAUUACUAGUAAUAAUAUCUCGGUCAACACUGUAGAUGAAGAGAACACUGUCAUGGUAGCGUCGGCCUCGGUCAGUCAGGCCCAGCUUCCAGGUACAGCCAACAGUGUCCCAGAAUGCAUUUCAUUGACUUCCCUGGAAGAUCCCGUGAUAUUGUCUAACAGGAUUAGGCAGAACCUGAAGGAGAAGCAUGCUCGGCACAUAGCUGAUCUUCGAGCUUAUUACGAGUCAGAAAUAAAUAGUUUGAAACAGAAGCUGGAGGCAAAAGAAAUUUCUGCAGUUGAAGAGUGGAAGAAAACCAAUCAAAUUCUUGUGGACAGAUGUGGACAAUUAGAUAGUGCUUUGAAUGAAGCUACUGGUCGUGUGAGAACACUUGAAAAUAAGAAUAACUUGUUGGAAAUAGAAGUGAAUGACUUGAGAGAACGCUUUAGUGCAGCUAGCAGUGCCUCCAAAAUUUUGCAGGAACGAAUUGAAGAAAUGAGAACGAGCAAUAAAGAAAAAGACAAUACCAUCAUUCGACUAAAAUCUAGGCUGCAGGAUUUAGAAGAAGCAUUUGAGAAUGCUUACAAACUUUCAGAUGAUAAAGAAGCUAGACUAAAACAAGAAAACAAGAUGUUUCAAGAUCUCUUAGGAGAGUACGAGUCCCUUGGAAAAGAACAUGGCCGAGUAAAGGAUACAUUAAAUACAACCGAGAACAAAUUGCUUGAUGCACAUACUCAGAUUUCUGAUUUGAAAAGGACCAUCUCAAAACUUGAAGCUCAAGUGAAGCAAGUAGAGCAUGAAAAUAUGUUAAGUCUUCGUCAUAAUUCUAAAACUCAUGUGAGACCUUCACGUGCCAACGUUUCUCAUUCUGAUAGCACACUGGCAACCUCAGAUGUCAGCAGGCGGAAGUGGCUGAUACCAGGCGCAGAGUAUUCCAUUUUCACUGGCCAGCCUCUGGACAUCCAGGACAGGAAGGUGGAUAAUCAGCUGGAGGGAACCUAUGUUCCUGGGUAUUAUUCUCCUCCUGAAAAGGAUUCUUCACCUGGAAAUUCACCAACAAGCUUCUUAAUUAAAAAACAAAGGGAGACUUCAGACACACCCAUCAUGAAAGCUUUAAAAGAACUUGAUGAAGAAAAAAUACUUAAAAAUUGGGGGACACAGACAGAGAAAGAGGACACCUCAAGUAAAUUAGUGAAUUCUCGGCAAACUGAAUCUUCAGUCAGUACAAAUCCUUCCCCAGAGAAAUGUGCUCAACAGAGACAAAAGAGACAGAAUUCUGCCUCGCAAAGAUCAUCGUCUUUACCACCUUCGAAUCGUAAAUCCAGUACUCCAACAAAAAGAGAGAUUAUGUUAACACCAGUGACUGUGGCUUAUAGUCCAAAGCGAUCCCCUAAAGAAAAUUUAUCUCCAGGAUUUAGUCAUCUACUUAGUAAAAAUGAAAGCAAUCCAAUUAGAUUUGAUAUGCUUUUGGAUGAUUUAGAUACUGUUCCUGUGUCCACAUUACAACGAACCAAUCCAAGAAAACAGCUCCAGUUUGUUCCUCUAGACGACUCAGAAGAAAAAAGAUAUUUAGAAAAUGCCACUGGCAGUCAUGAUAAUCUUAACUCUUGCUCUGAAUCCUUGCCAAAUGGAGUGAAGAACGCAUCUGUGAGAUCAGCCUGGGAGAAGAAUAAGUCAGUUAGCUAUGAACAGCGUAAGCCUGUUUCAGUAACACCACAGGGUAAUGAUUUUGAAUAUACGGCAAAAAUUAGGACCCUAGCUGAAACGGAACGAUUUUUUGAUGAACUUACAAAAGAAAAGGACCAGAUUGAGGCAGCACUAAGCCGAAUGCCUUCUCCUGGAGGAAGAAUCACUCUGCAGACCAGACGGAAUCAGGAAGCCUUGGAAGAUCGUUUGGAAAGGAUCAACCGAGAACUGGGCUCGGUCCGCAUGACACUAAAGAAGUUUCAUGUUUUGCGCACCUCUGCAAAUCUUUGAGAUUUGUAGCCAUUAAAUUUUGAGACACUUUGUUUGCACUAAUGUAUAAUUAUGCACUCAGAAGAGGCGAGCUAUUUUGUACUGUUUCUAAGCCUUCAAACAGUAGUUUUUCAAUCAUGCUAUUCUUACACUUGCUAUUUUAUACUUCAAAUGGCCACAUAUUUUCAAGAUAUUUUUGUUAUGCUCAGGAAUCUCUUGUAUAUUUUACUAUUUAAAAAGCAUUAUUUUUAAAUAGUAUGUCUUCAAUUUAUAUCAAGAAUAAGGAAAUGUAAACAGGGCAGGCAGCUUGUUUCUAAACAAAUAGUAUUGUCCUUUUAAGAUGAACUUUGCACCCCAAUUUUAUAAACUUGUUCUACAUUGUAAAUAUAACUCAUUUUUUAUAAAAAUAAAUGCUUAACAGCUUCCAUAAUGAGAGACUAACACAUGCUGAAUACAUUUUAGCAAACCUUGGUUGGAUUUCAGUUGUGUGGAGGUUUAUAAAAAAUGAUGAUACAAUUCCUAUUUGAAACGUGUCUUAGAGUGAAUAUCAGAAUAAUAUUAGCUUACUGGAAAGUUUUGAAAGCUACAUAAAUAUUAGUCAUUUUAUUUCCCUAAAACUUUAUUGUUUAUAAGGAAAUAAAUAAACAGAGGGAUGUAAUUGUCUAAUUUUGUCUUAUAUGUAGUACUUUGAAAAAGCAGGUGGAGAGUGGUAGGCCUCUGCUCCCUGUUCUAAUGUGACUUGUGUCCCCCUGGACAAGAAAGAGACAGGUAAAGCUUUGAUGAGACACAGUGACAUACGCCAGCCAUCUGUGUCGCCCUGCCAGGAUCCAGCGCACCCUGGUUUCCUUACAGCACAUGACUUCGGCUGCCAGUCAACACUCUUCCAGGCCUUUUCACCCCACACCCCCUCCACCCCUGCAAGUAGUCACUGUUUCAGGAACCUGAGGUUUGGACCAGUGCUCUGCCUGUUAGGGACAGGGAACGUGCAGACAGAGCCUGCGGCUGUUGCUUGACCUUGCUAGAGGGCUGCAGCCCCUGCCUGGGCAGUGCUUCCUGGCUCGGGCGCAGCCUGUGGGCAGCAGUGCUGCCCUGGUGCAGGAGCAGCAGCAGGUUAGGCUGGUGCUGCUUAACCACCCACUUUUUGCUGGCCAGUUGGACCCAGUGCCCAGGCAUUCAAGCUUGGCAUGUGUCGGUAAACACUUGUCCAAACUUUCAGAACGGAUUCCCACUACAGUGCUCAGCUUCUAAGCUCUGGUUUGCUUUUGAGCUCUUAAAAAUUUGUGCUUACGAUGCACCAGGUUCAUUCAGUUACUCCAGUAGGGCAUCAGGCCUUCCCGCAGGAUUAUGGGUGGUGGCUGGCCACCUUCUACCCGCAUCACCUGGCAGAUCUCCAGGCCUGGGCCCACAGCCCUGCUCCCUUCUCUCUGUGGGGAUUCUCAGCCAGGAAGAGGGACCUUGGAACAGAGUAGCUGAACAUUUGUGCUCAGCUUUUGCAACCAGUUGAAGACUUUGAGCUAAUCAGAAUUACUGAACAGAAUCAAGUGCCUUCCUUCUUCAUUUUUUUUCUAGCUUUCUUUUCCUAAUCUCUUAGUUAAUAGUAAAGAAGUUCAUUUUAAUAGCUUGUGUGUAAACCUAGAAAAGGGGUUGACUUUACUGGUGAUAUUCCCUUUAGUGUGUUUGUAUAUAUGACAUUCAAAAUUAACUUAAGCUGGGUGUGGUGGCACAUGCCUGUAAUCCCAGCAGCUUGGGAGGCUGAGGCAAGAAGGAUGGUGAGUUUAAAGCCAGCCUCAGCAAU